UUUCAGGAAAAAGGAUUUAUUAGCUUGUACUCCAAUGGAUCCAUCUAGGAAUAGUUAAACCCCCAUAACAAGAGACCUAUUUGCUUUGAAAUCUAAGCGCAAACAUGGCCACUGCUGGGAGAAAGAGAGGAAGAAAGAAGAAGAAAAAGAACAAGACAUUACUAACCAAAAAAAUAACAAAACUCACCAAGAAAUUCAAAGCCACACUUCAACUCCGUCACCAACACUGCACUAAACUCAUCCCACAACUCAUCUCAGCCAUCUCUUCUGCCCAUUCUUUCCUCAUCAACCAUGACCUUCAACUACUCCCUCACCAAUCCCUUUCCUUAGAAUCCCUCAUUUCCAACACCUCAUCUUCCAUUUCCAACAUUGUUUCAUUACUCAACCUCCCACCACCACCUCCACGCGCCUCACGCGCUGAUGUUGCUUCUCCACGCGCCGCUGAUUGCUGGUUCCAGAGGUUUCUGGCGGUUGAUUCGGACACCCUUUUGGCUGAAUCUUCCAAUAUCACUAAUCCCGUUAAUCCACGCGCCUCUGCACGCGCUGCCGGUCGUGGGUCCCAGAGAUUUCCGAAAGCUGAUUCGGACACCCUUUUGGCUGAAACUUCUAAUCUUGCAAACCCCUCCCCUCCACGCGCCGCCGUUGCUUCUCCACGCGCCGGUGAUUUUACAUCCCAGCCAUUACUGGCGGCGGAUUCGGACACCCUUUGUGCUGGAACUUCCAAUGUUACAAAACCCUCUAAUCCACGCCCCGUCAUCACUUAUUCACGCGCCACCCCUUCUUUUCCACGCGCCACCAUUUACCAGUCCCAACGAUUUCUGAAAGCUAAUUCAGACACCCUUUUGGCUGAAACUUCCAAUGUUACAUACCCCUCUUCUACACGCGCCAGCCUUACUUCACCACGCGCCGAUCCUGAUUCUCCACGCGCCGCUGAUUGGGGGUCUCACCGAUUUCGGGCAGCUGAUUUGGACACCCUUUGGGCUGAAAAUUUCAAUCUUACUAAAACCUCAUUCACUCUUUUACUUCGCCUUUUAACACCUUCACUUUCUUCACUUACUGUUCCACCAAAUUAUGCUCUAGCUGCUGCCCUUUAUCGUCUUGCUCAUGGUGCUUCUUUCUCCGCUAUUUCGCGACGAUUUGGCAUUGAUUCCCCAAGCGCGUGUCGCGUUUUUUAUACUGUAUGUAAAGCUAUAAAUGAGAAUCUUGGGCAUUUGUUUGAACUAAAGAGUGAUAUCAAUAGGGUUAUUGUAGGGUUUGGUUGGAUAUCUUUGCCUAAUUGUUGUGGUGUUUUGGGGUGUGAAAAGUUUGAAUUGGAGGGUGAUUUGAUGGGUGAAAAUGGGUUUUUGUUAGUUCAAGCUUUGGUUGAUUCUGAAGGAAGAUUCUUGGAUGUAUCAGCUGGAUGGCCUGGUAGUAUGAAACCCGAAAACGUUUUACGAAAAUCUAAGCUUUAUUUAGGUGUUGAGGAAUCAAAAGAGUACUUAAAUGGUCCAUCUUUUGAGCUAAAUGAUGGAAAUUCAAUACCUCAGUACAUUCUUGGUGAUUCUUGUUUCCCACUUUUACCGUGGGUUCUCACACCGUACAAGGGAUCGAACGAGGAAGAUGGGACGGAGAUGGCGUUUAAUUCAGUGCAUAGAAAAGGAAUGCAGUUGGUGGGGACAGCUUUCGGGAGAGUUAGGGAAAAGUGGAAGCUUUUAGCUAAGAAAUGGAACGAGCAAUGUGUUGAGGCGUUUCCGUUUGUAAUUGUGACUUGCUGUUUGCUGCAUAAUUUUCUUAUCAAGUGUAGUGAAGCAGUGUCGGAUGAAACCAAGGAGUAUCCGAGGAGUGAUGAAGAGUUUCCAGUGUUUGAUGGAGAGGUUGAUGAAAGUGGGAAGAAGACUAGGGAUGCGCUUGCAUCUCACUUGUUUAGGGUAAGUCAGAGGGAAUAAAUUUAGUAGUUUAUGUUAUUAUUUUGCUUAGCAUCUUGUAGUGGUAUGUAUAUAUUAGUCUGAUGUUAAGUUCCCUUAGAUAGAAAUUUAGUAGCAUUUUGCCUUUCACAUUUCGAGUUCUCUUUUGGUCUCAUGUAGAAUCAUUUUGGAAAAAUUUAAGUAGUAUUAGCUGCUGAUUCGGUA